GUGCUUUUGUUUGCUCCGCAGGCGUUCAGAAACCUUUUGGACGACGACGGGCAUGUUCCCGCAGGAGUUCAUUAUCGGUUUUCCUGCCUGCGUAAAAGUCCGCAAAGUCGCAGUCCAGUGUUACUUGGUGCGGACUUUAAGGAUUGAAAGAAGUGUAUCUAAAGAACCGGUAGAUUUUGAACAGUGUAUUGAAAAAGAUUUGCAAUACACAGAAGGAGAGCUUCAAACAGCAGAAUUUCCACUUCCUGAUUUCCAAGCCACUUACUUGCGUUUCAUCAUCAAAUCUGCUUUUGAUCAUUUUGUAUCAGUGCACAGGGUGAUGGCAGAGGGCACAGCAGAAAACAUUUAAGCCCAGGAUGGCACGUAUUUCCUGGGGGUAAUAAUUCCAAGGCCCUACUCCUCCCUGCAAAGGGAAUAAAGUUACACAGUAAUGUUGAAACACACAGGAGUCCUUCAGAGCAUCAGAACUGUGAGCAGGUGUGCUUGGGCUUCCUUUGCACAGCAGCCAUCGCAUGGGAGAUGGUGUAUGCACAGGUCACACCCUGCUGUAACUGGGACUGGGCCAACGUCUUGAUCCUGGAGCUGGGACAUGUUCCUGGAUCUUGCAAUUUAGACAUACCUAGUUUUUUCUAAAGAGCCAGAGGACAAAUAUUUGAGCAAGACUGAGGUGUACAUCAAAUAUGUACAUUUAAAGGCCCAGGCUGGUUUUGUUGCUAAUGCUCUUCUCUGCAAAGUUACAGUGAGUCGUGAAAUUUUUCACCGUGAAACAUAAUGGAAUCCUGACUGUCAAAUAAAAUGUAAGACAUUCUCUACUUAUUUUGAAAGCUAAAAAUCUGAAUAUAUUGUGCUUCUUGUUAUC